GCAACAGCCUGGCUAUAUAAACAGCAGGUGAGCCGCUAAUUGGAGUAAUGACUACCUGAUGUCCGUUCACGCUUAGCAGAAGAUAAGGAAAGUGGGCAGUUAUGUCUAAAUUGUAUUUUCUGCUGUUGGAGUUGUUAGUAACAACAAGCUGCAAAGUUGCCGAUGAUAACGGUUUACAUAAACAACAUAACGGCUUAAAAGGAAAACAUCUGCAAAUUGUCACAGGUCAUUUCCCUCCACCGAUUGAAGUAUUAAGAAAUUCCUCUGGUCACGUUGUUGGCUAUUCCGGUAUGUUGUACCACCACCUGUUGUUCCUGUCUCAAAAACUAAAUUUCAAGUAUAACAUAUUCCCCGCGGCAGAGAACACCAAUGGAGUUAAGGUCAAUGGCACAUGGAAUGGAAUAAUCGGAGCAUUGCAAAGACAAGAAGCUGACAUUGGUUUAGCGCCAGUAGCUAUUUCUCUACAGCGAUAUGAAGCUCUUGAUUUUCGUGGAAGGAUUGGAGGAGACUGGACAAGCAUCCUGGUCAGAUAUCCUCUCCCUUACGUUUCUUUUACCAGUACGCUCGACUUAUUUUCCAAAGAGGUGUGGAUCGGAUUUUUAGUUUCUGCUGUCGUCGUUGCCGUAUUUUUCAUCGUGUUGACCUCCAUAGGCAAACGGUUGCACGUCACGCGUGAACAGAAUUCCGAGACGAGCAUUGCCACUUUUGCGUGGUACUUGUUCAGCACCUUCUUUUCCCAAGGGAAUCGCAUUCCAACUAGCCAAAGGUCUCAAAAAAUCCUCGUCGCAACAUGGUGUCUAGCAGUUUUCGUCUUCGUCAACACUUAUAACUGCACUUUAACGUCUUACAUGUCGGUGACUUAUCAGAAACCAGACAUCAACUCCUUUAAAGAUUUGGCUACUUCUACUACGUACAAAGCAAACGUCCUAAUCGGCUCCAUUCAAGAGAUUGACAUACAAAUGUCGACUAAUGAAUACAUGAAAACGAUUGCAGCGAGAAUGAAACAGUGUCCUGAUUGCAGGAAAUUCAACACCAGUGACCAGGCUUUGCAAGUUGUAAAAAACGACAAUUACGUUGCCAUUAUGACGUCCAGCGGUGGUAGAGGUAACAUGCAGAAACAUUCUUCUGAGAGAGGCAAAUGUCUUUUAACUUUGGCCAAGGAGAAAACGACGUGGGCUAACAUGUUCCUUGCCAUCCCGAAAACAAGUCCAUACAAGGAGGAAAUUGAAAGAGAGUCUUUAUGGUUCCAUGCCGCUGGAUUACGUGAAUAUUGGUCCGUCCGUCAAGACAAGUACCCCAGGCAAUGCGAGCUCACCUACAAUAACAAAGGAAUGUCCAUUAAGAGAUCGAGCAAUCGAAUCAAAUUGGAACAGUUCUAUCUACCUUUUAUGUUUCUCAUUGCUGGCUAUGCCCUGAGUCUCAUUCAGUUUUUUCGCGAACUUCUUUGUCGUCGUAGACGUUGAUUAGAAAUGAUGCCACGGUGUAUUGCCAUUUAGACGCAAUUUCUGUGUUGAACGUAGUCGAAUUUUAUCAAACCUAGUUCACAAAAUUGCUUAAAAAUUACUCACUUGAGGAAGAGAUAGAUAUCGAGAGGGGGAGUAAGAAAACGAGCUGUUUUGCAAACGCUCCUUCAUCUUUGUUUAACAGACGUCAUUCAUCUCAUUAGUGGAAUGCGGAAAAAAGGUUGUAGCCCAUAUAAUUCACAUCAAAUACAUUUUUUUCGGUUGGUAGAUAACCAUUGCAAGAUGUUA